UUCAUUUUACGGCAAGCAAUGGUUCAAUAUAAAACGCGAAUUGAAUAUUCCGUCGUUUCCUUGUGAGCCUCCUUUUGAUAGGUAGAUUGACACAUCCAAGUCAAGCUGUCAAUAAAGGCGCGAUCCAUUCUUGGCUUUCCAACCGCCGGACAAGAUUGAGGCUAUUACUGCUAAAGCUGUGACCGCUUGCACCGCAGCACCUAAGGUAUGAAAGACCUCGUCGAUGUGCUAGAUGAUAUUAAGAAAACAACCGACGAAAUGGAGUUCUGUGAAGAUUUCAACAAGCUGCAAUUGAUUUUGAACAACACCAAUCAAUUUGUUCGAUCGUUCGAUAAGAUCGUGUUCGAUAGCGGAAAUGAACCGUACAUCAUUGAGAUAGUAGCUCGCCUGCUGAAGUAUUUUCGUAUACAGAACUACCUCGAUGGGGAGAACAAAGUAAACAAGCAGUACGAGACGCAGUUGCGAAAAAUUACGAUGUACAUGCUACUGAACACAGACGUCUCGUUUCGGUACGACCUAUCGCAGGACAGCCGUGUAAGUCAUCUGCUGAACAGCUUGCCACAGAUGAGCAAAUGCCUGCUCUUGAACUGCAUUUGGGGCCUCGAUCUGGAUCGCUUCCUGUACGAGAUGAUCUCGUACUCGCCGCUGUGGUUUUCAAUGCAGUUCCUAGACCAAGCCAUCGUCAGUCUCAAAUACGCUAAGCCGUACGAGGUACUUGAACGCGUUGAGUCGAUGGUACGUGCUAUCUACUUUGCAAUUUGCCGUACCGACUGCGAUUGGCGCAAAAUCGACCGAAACCGGUACGUUGAUCAGCAACGCACGCUUGGCCGGAUGUUUGACUUUGUGGCCGACCUGCUCCGGUACUUCAAUACACCAGACGUGGCGAAGUUCGAGGGCUGGUCGAAAUUGCGUAAGCACCGUUACUUUGGCUUCGUGCUGAAGCAUAUGUUCAGCAUGACGAGCGAAUGUUUAGAGCUGUACUUCCGUAAACCAGCCAUCGAGGUAGGGCCGGAGAUGGGCAUUUACGAGUUGGUGAACGAUCGGCACGUACCCAGGGAAGCUCUCAAGGACUAUUCGCAGCCGUCGGAAAACGCCCUCACGAAGAUCAACAAUUGCCUGCUGAAUACGCUCGAAACGUGUAUUAUGCACGUCUCCAUCGAUCGCUUCCUCUACUGGGCUGAGAUCGAUUUGUUCAAGGAGGGCGAGGAACCGGUUACGCUCCAGCAGGUGAUAGGUGAGUCCGCCUACCGGUUGUCCGAAGACCUACGAACAAAUAAACAGAUCCACCAUAGUAUCGUUCGGCACCUGACACAAUUCGCGAUGCGACCGAAAACCCUGGCCGAGAAGGCGACUACUAUGAACCUCGGCAUGCUGAUGCUCAAGAUCGACAGUGCGCAGUCAGUCGACGAGCGGUGUGUGUACCUGAACGAGUUCGUCAGUCGUUCCGAGCGCGUGUUCGGAAAUGCCGAGUGCCUAGAGACAAUCGAACAGUACUGGCCCCUGUUGGAUGGUUCACACGUUCGACUGAUGAUAGAGUACGACACGCGAGAGCCAAUCGGCGAAGACCUAAUGGAUGAAGAUGAAGUUCCGGACGAACGACUAAAGCUACGCGCCCUGAUCCUUAAGGCAGUGGACACUUUACCGGCAAAAGAUUUCCAUCAUCUUGUCACAUUCACGCUGGAUACGUUUGGCACCAAGUUUUCCCGCUACCAGCAACCGGAUUUUGCAGAGAAGGUGAUCGAACUCAUCAAUCGGUUACGCGACUCGACAUGUGGCAACAGUCUCAGCACCGGUGAGCUGCCAAGCGUACAGCAGCUGCUCUUCCAAUCGCCCGCUUCGUUCUAUGCGAAACUUGUCCGUUCGUUGUACAAUGCCUCCGUUUCCAACGAGCAGUACGUAGAAGCAAUCGUGGCUGUCGUGCUCAGGCACAAGUCGAUCGCCCAGCAUUUCAUGCGCGAGCACAUGGAAACGCUGCUUACGGGGAACUUCGAAAUCCUGCAUUCGCCCCUGCUGAGACAGCUGGCACGGAAGCUCUACGACUUGGGGUUGUUUGAGCCGCAAGACUUCAUAGAACAGCUUCUUCUCCGAGGCAUCAGCGAGGCGCAUGCUAAGCAAAAUUCCGCCGCCCUGUUCGAUCUCCUCAAGUUGGCCCACAUUGUAUGGUUACCGUUCAUUUCGACACUAGCGAAAGGGAAGGAUUCUGUUGCGAUCCAAAGAAAGUUGGCGCUAGCGACGGUGCUACGUCUAGCCGAGAUUGUCGAGGGCCUACGGUGCAAUGCUACGCAGCAACUACCGCCCGAGACAGACCAGAUCGCACUCGUUGCGACUACCAUAGAGUUGCUCGAGCCAACGCUGCAUCAGCUACAAAAGCUGGCAUCAAAUGAAGACAAAACCGAGCUUUUCGCAAAAAUGGAAACGCAGAUGUCUCGCAGCACGAUGUAUUACUUCCGGAAACAUAUCUGCUACGAACCCGCUAAAGAUGCUGCCGUCGCAAAACCGGAAGAAGGAGAAGGAGAAGCAGCAGCUCAAAGUAUAGGACCGAAAACAACGACUCCAACAUCAUUUGCUAGUUUCAUGUACGAAGGCGAGCUAACUCCUACAUCAGAUAGCGAGAAAAUCAAGGCAUUCCUUACGCGGGUAUUUCCUCGCUGCACCCGGGCCGAAGCGUUAGCGCUCGCUCGAGACGAUAUGUUGCGUGGCCACAUCGAAUCGGUGGCGGUUUCUGUGAUGCAGGAUAUGCUGACCAACACGAGCCACCACGGAUGGCUGCGCAGCUGCGCUAGCAACUAUAUUCAAUGCCUGCUUCAGGUACUGCUGCCGGCUGAGCAAAAACUUGACACGCCGACAAAGCACUUUGAGGCAGUGCGUUCGUUAGUACAGUUGUUUGCGCAGCCUCCCCAAGAGACUUGGGACCGCAUUUGUACAGCGCUCGGCGGUGACUUGGCCAGCCUGUACAGGUAUGUUCGCGAGUUUGCGCCAGACAUGCCGGAACUGGUGAAACUUAAAAGUUACCUCACCAAAACGGAACCAACCUCCACUCGAGCAGAUAUGACAUCGGGACCAAAACAAGCCGCAGAGGAGAGGAUGGAUGUUGAUGGUGCACCGUCUACCGUCACUGCCGUCAGUACCGAUGAUCCGCCAAACUAGGCAUUGAAACACCUCAACUGCGAAACGCACAGAAUGUCGUCAAUGGAUCCGAUCGAAAAAUGUACAUUUUGUAUUGAUCUUUUUAUUUUCCCGUUUCUGCAAUGGAUAUGCACUUUCUAUCUCAAAAUGUUUCAAUACGGUCCAUAUCCACAAACAACGAGCGUGAAACGAUGUUUCUUUUUUGAUGUAAUACAUGCGAUGAGAAC